AUGAAGACGAAGGCCGUCGAGGGCAAGGUGCGUGCCCAAACGCAGGACUAUGAGAGGUUCCCGAAGCACGCUGCCAAGAUCUUCAUUCACCAGACGGUUCUUUAUGAAUCAGGCCUCCAGAUUGGCCAGCGAUGCAUCAUAGAGUCCACCCUCGCCAACGACAGGAGCAGGCGCCGGGAAGCCGUUGCCUGGAACUCGGUCGACAAGGCACUGGCCAAGAGCGUUAUUGUGCUCAGUUCCGUGAUGAAGGCCGCCGCUGGACUGGAACUGGGAGACUCCAUCCGUGUGUCGAGCGCCGGCGAAGUGCCGGAAGCCCAGACAGUGGUGGUCCGAGAUGUUACGCCACAUGCUUCUCCAGUUGUUCCCGAGGAGCAGAAGUCUUGGUCGUGGAAUAUCGAGGCUGCACUUGAGAAGGCUGACUACGUGUUUCCUGGUCUGGCUCUGGAGAACAUCGUUGGGAAAGGGCCCAAACGAUCCUUUGUCGUCGAGACUGUAAACGGGCGCAAAGACAAUGUAGCCAAAUACUGCUCCAGUACCCGGGCGAAGUGGCCUGGCGAUGAUGCAGUGGAAGUCGACGGCGCCCCCGGAAAGCUCGAGAUUGUCGAUAUUCUACCCGGCAUGCAAGCACCCGUAAGAGCUCUCAAUCGCUUCUUCAGGAAUUUCUACACAGAUUAUCCCCCAGCAUUUGCAGCCGCCGAUCCUAGCUGCGCCAUUGUCGUGGAAGGCAGCCAAGGGACCGGGAAGUCCAAGCUUCUAGAGCAGGUAGCUGCCACUCGAUGGGGCAGAGUAAUACGAGUCGAUGAUGGCGACAAGCCAGCGGCAAUCCAAGAACAUUUUAGGAAUGCCAUAGACUCGGAAGAGCCACACAUUAUCCUUAUAGACGACAUUCAGAAUCUUGUGGGCGAGACCAGGGCCAACCGCGAAGGAGCUACAAAGGCCAUCCGACGCGGCCUUGAAGAACUAGCAGGCCUCACAGCUAAGAAUGGCCAACGCCCAAAGGUUGUCGUCGUUGCCUCCUGCCGCAACUUUCUGGAGGAUCUGCCCGAAAGUCUUAGGAAGCCAGGUCAUUUUGACGAAUGUGCGAGGCUGGCCAUUCCCGAUACAUCUGUCAGGAAGGACAUUAUCCGCCUGUAUGCAGCGAAUGUUUUUCCUGCUGCAGAAGCCGAACAGUAUAUAUCUGACGUUGGUGACCGGACACACGCAUAUACCGGCGAAGAUCUCGUGCGUCUGCUAGCUCGCGCUCUCAGACUUUCACAAACAGAGACUGGCGAGUCUACCGGACCACAGCCGACAUCCUGGGCAGGUCUUCAGCAGGCUCUACAAGAGGUUCGCCCAUCAGCCAUGCACGACAUCAACUUGAAACCGCCUUCUGUUAGAUGGAAGGAUAUCGGAGGGUACCAGGAGGUCAAGAGCACACUGCAAGUGGCUUUGAGCAAACCGCAGGGUGGCAUCGCCUUAUACAAGCCAUCGAAGGGUGUACUGCUAUAUGGUCCUCCCGGAUGUUCCAAGACCAUGACAGCGCAGGCAAUGGCAACAGAGUCAGGUUUCAACUUCUUCUCUGUCAAGGGUGGAGAGCUGCUGAAUAUGUAUGUUGGUGAGACAGAACGUUCCAUCCGGAAUCUCUUCGCCCGGGCCAGAGCAGCAUGUCCCAGUAUCAUCUUCUUUGACGAAAUCGACUCGAUAGCGGGAUCGAGAGGCGUGGGAGGGGGUUCAGCCGGCGGGGGGGCAGGUCUCACGACAGCACUAACGACGCUACUCACCGAGAUGGAUGGGUUCGAGCAACUGGGCGACGUGUUCGUCUUGGCCGCCACAAACAAGCCCGAGUCUCUAGAUCCAGCCCUGAUCCGUGCGGGACGGUUCGACCAGCUGAUCUACGUACCCCUCCCUGAUGACAUGGCUCGUGAGGCGAUAAUCACAAGGAAAGCACGGGAGUUGAAGUUCCCUGAUGUUGAUAUUGACGUGCUGGUGAAACAGACGGAUGGGUAUUCAGGUGCUGAGAUUACGCAGAUAUGUGACCAAGCGUUCAAGCCCCUCGUUGGGCAAGACGGGACUACAGACGGAGGAGCGGAUGCCAUGCAGAUGCUAGAAGCAGCCAUCAAGAGGACUCCGAAGGGAGUCACGAGCCAGAUGUUGGCCCAUUUCGUGGCAUGGCGUCUCUCCAUGUCGAUGAUCGGAUGA